UAAUCAUCCCUAAUUCUGGCUCGAUGCCGCCAUCAUGCGACCGCGUGCUCCGUUUGUUUGUCAACAAAUCUGCAGCUGGAUGGUGAGACGAAGUGAGGGGGGAAGAGAUUUUGACAUUUUUAUGCCCGCAUCUGGCCCGCCGCCUAUUUCGUCGGUCACUGAGCCGCCGGUCGUUUCCAGUGACCGAGUCCAGCUAGCCCACCACGUGAUGGCUUGCCCUUUGCUCAGCUUCGUCGUCUUUGUGGCCGUGGUGGCACUUCAGCUGGCAGCCCUCUGCAAAGCGGCACUCGUCGCCAAUCCCGGGCCGUUGACCGGAGGGACGGCCAAGCAGGAUGAUGACCUUCCCGCGUGGCACAUUUCGUACAGUCCGGCCAGCCUGCAGCUACACAUGAACACCGUCCAGACGCUCGGCCUGCGCAUCGAGGGCAUAACCGCGUCGGAUUUGGCCAACGAUCCGACGAUUCAGCUGCGCAGCGGACGGGACCACGUGGCCACCCUACCGGGGGGAGGUUUGGUUCCGGUGGUUGAAAUUAAGCAGAGUGGAGUCUUCGAUGGUGCGUUCAACGUGUCCGGGGUGUUUCUCGGAUCGACUACGCUGUUUGUGGAGGUUCGUGGUUGGAAGAAUAACCGGACGGUCAGCUUGCCGGAGGAGCUACCCGUUACGGUGAUUCGCGAGGAGCGGGUCAUCGAUAAGGUCUUCACCGCUUCGGUCGCCGUUCUGGUCUCAAUCCUGUACAUCAACUUUGGUGCGGCGUUGGAUCUCCCGACGCUCAAAGCGAUCAUGGUGCGACCAAUCGGACCGGUCAUCGGAUUCCUGGCCCAGUUCCUCUUCAUGCCCCUACUCAGCUACGGCCUAGGACAUCUACUCUUCCCGGACAGCUACGAACUCCAGCUCGGUCUAUUCUUCACCGGAGUUUCCCCUGCGGGCGGCGCAAGCAACAUCUGGACCGUCGUCCUCGGCGGAAAUCUGAACCUUUCCCUGGCCAUGACCACAAUCAGCACGCUGGCCGCGUUCGGCAUGAUGCCCCUCUGGAUCUUCACCCUCGGACGAAACAUCUUCGACAAGGGAAACCUCGGCGUCCCGUAUCGCAACAUUGCAACCUUCGCCAUCGGCCUGGUCGUCCCCUUGGGAAUCGGCCUACUCAUCCAACGAUUCCGACCCCGCAUCGCCCGAGUCCUCGUACGCAUCCUCAAACCAAUGGCCGCCAUUCUCAUCCUGUUCAUCGUCAUCUUCGCCGUCGUCACCAACCUCUACCUCUUCGAGCUGUUCUCCUGGCAAAUCAUCGUCGCCGGGCUCGGCCUCCCCUGGAUCGGAUACAUCUUCGGCUACCUCGCCAGCAAGGGCGCUCGACUUCCCACCGCCGAUUCCCUGGCCAUCUCCGUCGAAACCGGCAUACAAAACACCGGCAUCGCCAUCUUCCUGCUCCGCUUCUCACUACCCCAACCGGAAGCGGACCUCACCACAGUGGUCCCCGUUUCGGCCGCCAUCAUGACACCCUUCCCGCUGAUGGCGCUCUAUCUGAUCCUGAAGUUGCGCGAGAGCCAACCGCGGCCUCAUUCGUCCUUUCCAGGUGUGCGUUACGCGAGCAUGGACCACUGAUACCGAAGGACGUCAGCCAGCAGCAGGUUUUGGCCAACGAUGAGACCACGUGAGGGAAGGGGAGUGAGGAUGCCUUUCGAAUAACGAUAUUUUUGUAGGGUAAUUUUGCAGUUUUAGGCUGCGUCGUGUUAGUAUUGUCCAUAUUUGGUAUAUAAAUGUUAAAAAAUAAAUAAACAAGAACAAAAUAAAAUAAGUUGAAUUGUGAUAGAAAAAAAAU